AGCGAAUCACCAAACAAAAGAAGUUCGAAACAAAUAGGUUGAUCCCCGUUUCCAGGAAAAACGCUUUGCACCGGUCCAACACCCUCUCCACUUCUCGCCAUUUUUCAGAGUAAAAGAAUUAUGGCUUAGGGCGGAGCUUAAAGAACGAACUCGCACGGCCAACAGCCGCUGCAGUAGUACAAUUGAUGCCGGCCAGAAAACGACAAACGAGGAGGAGAGAGUGUUCUGGUAUGUGCAGGCCUUAACGUGUCAAGGAUUGCACUAGCUUGAAGAAUUUAUAUUUUCUCGAGUCUAUUCCUGUGGGUUUCUAACGCAACCCGACUGGACACAACUUGGGAGUCCAUAGCAGACACUUCCAAUUUGAAUGCGAAAAUGUCAAAAUCUCCAUCUGUUAUCACUCCCAUCAAAUUGAUAGCAUUGUCCUUCUUGGUAUUUCUAUUCUUCAUAUUUCAAUUUUCUUCUCCAGUAUCCGCUAUCCGGAAGGAUGUAAGUCUUCAAGAAAGAUAUACCUGUAGAACUACAGUUCAAGGAAGAUAUUUGGUUGCUGAUGAUAUGGGUCAAGUCUGUGAUGCGCUGUCCAUUGAUCCACACUCUCGCUGCUGCCGUGGAAAAAGAGAGCAAUUUGCUUGUCAUGGUUGCAAUCUCGUUUCACAGUGUUGCAACUCCUAUGAGUUUUGUGUUUCUUGCUGUCUGAAUCCGUCUAGGACACAAAAGGAUCUGGCUCUAAAUGUCAAGAUAGCUAAGCCUGUAACAGCAGGGACUUAUUCAAGCCUUUUUGAUUUUUGCAUGGGAAGAUGUCGUCACAAUUCAGAGAGUGUGGUUCAUGAAAACGCUUAUCUCAGUGAAUUUCAUCAUUGUUUCUCUAUACCAUCUAAUUCUUCCGGUUCUUCUGGUGCACAAGCUGAAGCAAGGCUGGCUGGUAUAAAUGUUGUGAUAGGAAGACAAGGUGAAUCAUGCAAUUCAGUAUGCAAAUCAAGUGGUCAAUCUUGUGUUCCCAACAAAUUCUUAUUGCUCAACCAGUGUGAAACGAUGCAAAAGUACUUGGGCUGCAAAGGUGGAUGUCUGGCAAGUGUCGGAUCAGAUCAGCCUGCUGAAGUAGUUGAUGAUGCCCCCAGAGAUCUGAACCCUGGAGCCUGCUUGUACACCUCGCAACAGUCGAUGCUAUCUUGUGAAGGAUCGCAUCAGCAUACGAAGAGGCUCUGCCCCUGCGCAUAGUGUGGGAGGAGGAUGCAGCCAGGGAAUUCCACACAAUUCAUUCACUAGAGGUUAGCAAGAAUGGCUCUUUUAAAAUGAUCACAUAGUUAUGAAUGUGAUAUACUUGAUGUGACUAUCUAAAUCAUUAUUUUCUUAUUCUUUUUUUAUUACGUUGGAUAUUAGGGAAGGAUGGAAAUAUCUGACUAGCAUGCAAUGAGUUGGAAUUGCUUAACUAGUUAGACUGAAAUCAUAAAACUAUCUCAUGAUAUAGCUUUAACCUAUUAUAAGAAAAGAAGCUAUUUUAUCAGGUUACAAAUAUAUUUGUAGCAAGACGUAGGUCUAGCUGAAGUGAAUCCCCUCCAUAAAAAAGAUAUUCCCGUGCGUCUUUUUUGCCUCCAUUUUUAACGUAUUGAGGCUUGUUCUGCAUUCCAAUUCUAAUUUAUUUUUUCAUGUUUAUUGUUUAUCCGUGUUUCAAUAUAAGGUGACAUCUCCGAAAUUUUUACUCUAAAUCUUAAAAUCAAGGAAUAGCAGUAUGCACUAUGAAUUUGGUAAAUAUUCCAUUGGAUGGAAAAUAUGAAUAUAUGGCUUGGAUGAAUUGGUUAACCAUUAAUUGGAUUGAGAGUGCGAAGAAUUUGAUUUGCUACUUAUUUGAAUAUGAAGCGGCAUGUUUAAAUUUCUUCCCUCUUCUUCUCUUUACUCAGAUUGAAAUGAUAUGAUGUGUUGCUAGGAUUGAAUGAUUGGUAGUUAUAAUAUUUUUGUAAUGGUGAUGUGCCAUAUGAUAUGUGAAAAUAGGUGUUUAAGGUGGCUUAUAUCACUGUAUAUCAUCAUGCAUACUUGUGUGUAUAGCAUAUAUUGCGAUAUACAUUGUCGAAUAUAUGAUAUACAAUAAUAUUCACGAUAUACAUUUUGAUAUACACUGGCAGAAAAUGUGUCUGGCAUAAAAUCUGUGCGUGAUAUAGAGUGAUACACAACAACAACGACCCAAUGAAAUCCCACUAGUGAGGUCUUGGGAAGAUAGCGUGUACGCAUAUCUUAUCCCUAUCCCGAGGGGUAGUGAUACACACGAUAUACAAUUAUGAGGGGUAGUGAUACACACGAUAUACAAUUAUGUACUCCCUCCGGUCCACAAUAAGUGACCAAUUUGCUUUGGGCAUACCCAUUAAGAAAAUACUAAAUUCUAGACGAAAAUAGUUAAUGUGACUAAACUACCCUUCAUCAAAUGUUGCACAAUAGUUAUAGUAGUACUUCUCUUCUCUUCUCAAAUGUGAGGAGUAAAUGACUUUUUAAGGAUACGUACAUAAAGGUAAUUUUGAAAAAAUAAAU